CUCAUUUUCAGAAUCUCUGCCUCCAGGAAGGAUGCCAAAAUUGCUGCAUUUUUUGAUAUGCUAUGUCAUCUCUAUAAGCGCUAUUUCAUGGGCACAAUAUUACAGCCAUGGCGAUAGACAUAUGAACUGCAGAAAACGUUACACGAUCACUUGGAAUCCUUGCUUAUACGAAUGCCACACGGGCACUCGUUUGUACUUGUUGAAAUAUCCUGAUGGAACACAUUGCAUAGUUUCCAGCAAACCUCUCAUUUUAGGACGUUGCAUUCAAGGACAUUGUAGAAAAGAUGCUGUACGUCCCACUCGGCCAAGCCUUUGUAACCCUCCACAGAAAGUAGUUGGGUACGUGCCCGGCUGCCAAUACCGUUGCCCUGGCAACACCGGAAAAAUGGGAGCGUACCCAUAUGGGACACCUUGCAUUCAGCUGAGUGGUAUUGGAAAGCUUCAAGGAAGGGCAGGAAUAUGCAAGAAUGGUGACUGUAUAGCACAUGAUCUAUUGGAUGGCCGAGAGGCUGCUCAACAAGUGGCGGGGGUAUUUGCAGAAAACUACAGGAAAUGUCCCGAUAAGGAGCAUCUGGGGAAAAAUGCACUUUUUGACUGUCAUCGGUACUGCAAGACUGAGGGUGGAUGGCAUUUUGGAUUUUAUACCAGCAAUAGCACAUGCCAGAUGAUUAAUAGACACCGCCUGGGCUGGUGUUGUGAAGGUGAAUGUCAUGAAAAAAUGGCGUGUGCUGGAAAGAAGAAACCCUUGUCAUGAUAUAACAUUGCCGCAGCCAUAAGUGUGUCAUGGACAUAUUGGCGUACCCAUAGAGGAUUUCUGAAAAGAAUCAAUACAGUAUCCUCGUAUUCGUGCAGUAUGUUAU